AACGCUGCUAUACACAGCCACCAUAUUUCAUUUUGAUGAACUUUCACAUUGUCAGGUCUAAGUACUCUACUAAAUGAAUCAUGCAACAUGUGAAUUAGCUUUUGAUUUUGUUAAUGGGCGUAAUUAUGAACAUUGCCAUAUCGGCUCGUGACCGGGAAAAGUGGUGUAGAGUACUUAAGUAAAAAUACUUUAAAGUAAUUAAGUCAUUUUUUUGAGUAUCUGUACUUUGUUUAAUAUUUUUUAUUUUUGACAACUUUUACUUUUACUUCAAUACUGGUUGGCUUAAAAUAAGGAAUAAGAAAUUAUUUAUACUUUCACUUGUACUUUUGAAGUAUAUUUUAGCAAUUACAUUUACUUUUGAUACUUAAGUGUAUUUAAAACCAAAUACUUUUAGACUUUUACUCAAGUAAUACUUUACUGGGUGACUUUCACUUUUACUUGAGUAAUUGUCUAUUUCGGUAUCUUUACAUUUACUCAAGUAUGACAAUAGAGUACUUUUUCCACCACUGCUGGGGAGGAGCUUGGCCAUGCAGUGCAAUUUGCUUGCAAUUGGUACGUCAGCCCCUAAUCUUUUCAUGUCCGUUAUAAAAACAGUGUUGCCUAAAGGAAGUCAGUUGUGCAUGGGCAGAGGCAUAUUUGUCAAAUUUGCAACAGCAGCAGCAAUUUGCAACAGCAGCAGCAGCAGCAGCACCAGCAGCAGCAGCAGCAGCAGCAGCACUACUACUACUACUACUACUACUACUUGAGUUUUAGUUUAUACAUUUUGAGGAAUCUCCAGUUUCAAGAAUCAAAACAUCAACAUGGGAUCUCAUGAAAUGGCAAGAGAACUGCCAUACAUGAACAACUAUAAGUCCAUCAUAAAGCGAGUGGGGCAUAACCAUGGAGUGGAGCCAUCCAUCAUAGCUGGGAUCAUCUCACGAGAGACCAGGGCUGGGACAGGAGCAGGACUGGUCAAUGGUUGGGGGGACAAUGGAAAUGCAUUUGGACUCAUGCAGGUUGACAAAAACUGGCACGUUCCACUGGGGGGAUGGGACAGUGAGGAACAUCUGAGUCAAGCAACUGGGAUACUCGUUGGUAUAAUUGGAUCGGUUCAGAGAAAAUUCCCUUCAUGGACCAAAGAGCAGCAGCUGAGAGGAGGGUUAGCAGCCUACAAUGUGGGGUUGGAUAAUGUCCACUGUUUCAGUAGAGUGGAUGAGAUGACCACUGGGGGGGACUACUCCAUGGAUGUUCUUGCCAGAGCUCAAUUUUACAGACGUAAUGGUUAUUAAAGUCAACUCCGUGAUUGCCUAGCAGUUUUCGAUUCAGUUUUCGAUUAAGACCAUUGUGAAGUAAAUGACAUAUCCUCUGCUAUCUCAUCAAAAUUUAGACUGAUGUUUAAUUGUUAAUUAAUAAUGAUUCAUUAAUCCAGAUCCUUGUCCUAUGGUGCACAUUUUUCUUUUGGCCUAGCAGUAAUACACUUGAGUCAACUCAUCAAACUUUUAGUUCGGAAGCACAGAUUUAUAACAUUCUAGUUCAUAUAAUUUUCCAAUCCAACGUAAUGAGAGAAAUGUUUCUGACCUAUUUGUGCUUAAUCUGUGAUUGUCUUGCACCGUCACUAUGUAUUGAAAUAACACGACUAGCUACAAUCUUAAAAAUAAAAUGUAUGAUUGCA